AUGGCCUACCUACUACCAAACAAUAAAGAAGAGAGAAAAACAAUUCAGAAGUCGAUAAUUGACAAAUAUAUUAAAAGGUUGCCAGGAACACAAAUAGUAGUUAUGGGUGACUUUAACAUAAUAGUAAAUGUGAGCCUGAAUAGACCAUUAAGCCAAAGGAAAAAACAAAUCAAGCUAGACCCAUUACUUGAACGAGGAUCCAAAUCAAGAAUAGACUAUAUAUGGAUUACUGAAGAGUUAGCAAAUGGUCUUCGUGAUGCAAAAGUUCAAGAAAUAGAUACAUGCACAAAUAGUGAUCACAAGGCAGUUAUAGCAAAGAUAGAUUUAAGCCAUCUAAUUACACCAUAUAGUGCAACAGAGAUUAAAAGAAAAAACUAUAAAAGAACA